AUGUCUUGCAGCAAUGUUUUAGCCCGCCCCUCCAGUGCUGUAUUGUUAUGAGGAAGCACAGGCCGAAUGCUGAGUGUACAACAAGGGGAAGCACAAUAGAAGAAGCUGGGAUCAUACAAACACAACAAGGCACACUUACCACCAUCGCCAACAUCAAUCUAGUACCCCCUGGCAUUGCUGUGCAGGAAGACAUGGAGAUUCUGAAGGGAGAUGUGCAUCUGCUGGUCUGGGUCACUGCAGCUGUUGUGCUGCUCACCUUCCUUCUCUUCUCUACUGGCCCUUUCUUUGUUGACUAUAUUCAGAAAUUGAAAAUUAUGAGGCCAAUCCCAGGAGUAGGCCCCAACUAUCCACUGGUGGGGAACGCACUUUUUAUGAAGUCAAGUGGUGAAGAUUUCUUUCUGCAAAUAAUUGAAUACACUGAGAUGCUGAGACAUCUUCCUCUAAUAAAACUUUGGAUUGGUCCUAUGCCUUUUGUGAUCACAUAUCAUGCAGAAACCGUAGAGCCUAUACUGAGCACUUCAAAACACAUGGACAAAUCAUUUGCUUAUCAGUUCCUUCAUCCUUGGCUUGGUUUAGGUCUUCUAACAAGUACUGGAGAGAAGUGGCGAUCCAGAAGAAAGAUGAUAACACCUUCAUUCCACUUUGCUAUUCUCUCGGAAUUCCUAGAAGUUAUGAAUGAGCAGUCAAAAAUACUGGUGGAGAAGCUCCACAGCCGUGUAGGAAAAGGAUCUUUUAACUGCUUCAUGGACGUAACUCUUUGCGCUUUGGAUAUAAUAUGUGAGACAGCCAUGGGAAGAAAAAUUCAAGCACAGAGCAACAGUGAUUCAGAAUAUAUAAAAGCUAUUUAUGAAAUGAGUGAUUUAAUACAUCGCCGUCAAAAGAAGCCCUGGCUGUGGCCAGAUUUUAUUUAUUCUCAUUUAAGAUCCGGAAAGAGACAUGCCAAAAACCUGAAAAUUCUCCAUACAUUUACUGACCAGACCAUUUUAGAAAGAGCACAAGAACUAAAAAAUACUAAAUCCAGUUUUGAACAAGUUGACAAGGACGGUGAAGAAACGAUGAAAACCAAGAAAAGAAGCGCUUUCUUAGAUUUGCUUCUGAAAGCAACUGAUGAGGCGGGCAACACAUUGAGCCAUAAGGACAUCCGUGAAGAAGUGGAUACAUUCAUGUUUGAGGGUCAUGACACCACAGCUGCUGCCCUUAACUGGUCUUUGUUUUUAAUGGGAUCUCAUCCUGAGGUUCAGGAAAAGGUACACAAAGAGCUCGAUGACACAUUUGGUCAGUCUGACCGUCCAGUAACUAUGGAUGAUAUGAAGAAGUUACGAUAUCUUGAAGCAGUUGUUAAAGAAGCUCUUCGACUUUACCCUUCAGUGCCAUUCUUUGCACGGACCACUACUGAAGAUUGCAUCAUUAGAGGUUUAACUGUACCAAAAGGUGUGAGUGUAGUCAUAGUGCCUUAUGCUCUGCAUCGGGAUCCAGAAUAUUUUCCUGAACCUGAAGAAUUUAAGCCAGAAAGAUUUCUCCCUGAAAAUGCAAGUGGACGUAAUCCAUAUGCCUACAUACCUUUCUCUGCUGGACUCAGGAAUUGCAUUGGCCAGCGAUUCGCUUUAAUGGAGGAAAAAGUGGUGCUAUCGGCUAUUUUGAGAAAUUUUACUGUGAAAGCAAGCCAGAAACGUGAAGAUAUCAGUCUGGUGGGAGAACUCAUUCUUCGUCCACAAGAUGGCAUGUGGAUUGAGCUGGAGAAAAGAAUACCCAGCUCUGCUCAACAGACAUUAUAAGACAACUCCCAUGUGUGAACCAGGCACAUUUUAUCCUGAAUCUAUUCACACAAACAGCUUUUGUGGCUUUUCCUUCAGUUUUUUUUAUUCAAAGACUAUGUUCACACACCAGAAUUUCCGCAGCGGACAUUCUGCCACAGAGAUUCCGGAUUUCGCAAAAUUAUAAGACAUCUCUUUAAAUUUUGUGUAAUUGAAGUAUUUCUAUAGAAGAAUGUAAGAAAAAAAAUGCUUGAAAAAACGCAGACACACUCUUAGAUUUUUCUAUGCUCGUUUUAACCUAUAGAGGUCUAUUGGAGGAAAAAUACCACAAACUAGGUGAGAGAAACAACAUAAAACUGUCCCUGAUCAAAAAAAAACACCAUAAACAAAAUGCACUGUAGAUAUGGUGUUUUAUAUCCCCCUAUUUACUACUAAUUCAUAUGCUAACCAACAUCUGGAUGUGACGUUUUUCACAACAAAAAAUUCAAUUAGUGGCCCAUGUGAUUUUUUAAUUUUUCCAGAAAAAUGCCUUGUGUGUCACCCUAACCAAUGACACAUGGUAUUUUGGUCAAUAUUUUUGUACAAAACCAGGAAUUGAUUCAAAACAUAGAAAAAAAUGCAAUUUUUUUUUUUUUAUUAGAGUUUUUCUCACUUCUGUCAACUUCUGUCAAUUCCAUUUCUGGUUUUGGCUAAAAAUACUGACCAAAAUACUGUGUGUGAACCCCAGUCUAAUACUUGUAAACAGUUCAGUGCUUGUAAAUAGUUCAGUGCGUGCUGGUAAUGUAGAGAAUAAACUAGUUGGAUAUUUUAUUAAGUUUCAUAUUGAAGUUGUUGAGGCCAUUUAAUAUUUGUAUGGCAGCCUGCAAAAAUGAUAGCUAAAACUAUAGCUAAAACUGCCCUUAUUGCUCAUAGCAACCAAUCACAGGGACAUUUUUAUUCAUGCAGUGGGCAACAAGCCAGUUUUUGGUUAGUUUUGGUACAUGAGGCUCAAUGAUAAUAUGUUUUUAAACAAUAAAGGAGCUGUCAGUGAUGUCAUCAGGAACAUGACUUAUUUUCGAAUGAGAAAAAAUAUAUGGAUUGUAAUAAAAAUGUAUAAGAAAUUCACAAACUGCCUAAACCUGCAGUCAAACAGUAUAGUAUAGCUUACAGAGAAACAUAAGUGUACAGUUUAUAACCAAGGUAUGCUAGCAUUGCAUUUUAUUUACACAAGAAAGUUCUAAUUUAACACAGCAAUACCCAAUGGCACAGACGAUUGUAAGAUGCGUUGUAGAAUCUUGCUAAUGCACUCAAUGGCUUGAAUGUAUAAUUUAAUGUUCAAUUAUUCAAUUUUUUUAUAAGCAAAAUUCUAAUAAAAUUUGGCAAUAUCUUCUAA